AUGUACUAUGACCGUAGUCCUUUUAAAAUAACUAUGUCAAGUGAUAAAGUUGAACACGAUAUUGUAAAUAAUAAAAGUAAUAAAGAAAAUAUAAAUAUUCCAUACGAAAUAAGUAAUAGUAAUUCUUCACCAUAUAAUAAUGAAAAGAAGAAUUUAUGUGAUAAAGAUAUAGAUGAUAAAAUAUCUUCUGGUGACACAGACAAAUAUUCCAAAAUGGAUGAUAAUAAGGAUGUGAAUGAUUCAAUAAAUGAAGGAAAUGAUGAUAAUAAUAAUAAAAUGAAUAGUUAUAUUAACGAACAUAAUAAUAAUAACAACAAUAAUAAUAAUAAUAAUAAUAUGGAUGUAUCUAUAAAUGAGGACAUACAAAAUAUACCAAGUAAUAUUUUAGAGAAUGAUACCAAAAGAGAAAAAGAUGAAAAUGUACUGAAUAAUAAUACAAUAGAAUUUAACGAAGAAAAAGAUAGUGAUUAUAAUGAUAAACUUUUUAUAAAUAAUAAAAGAGCUUUAAUUUGCUCACAUGAUGAUAGAAUCAUUAAAAAUGAAAAUACCAAAAAAUAUAAAGUAGAAGAAAGUCAAGAAUGUGAUAGAAAUGGUUUUAUAAUAAGUAAAGUAGAACAAGAUAUAAAAACCGAAAAAAAAAUAAAACAAGAAUUUAAUAAUAAUGUUAAAUAUGAUAACUUUGAAUUGUACUGUAAGAAUUAUGAUAAUAUAUUUGAAGAUAUUAAUAAUGGUACUAAUUUAAAUACAACAAAUAAUAACACACAUACAUUAUAUAAUAAUUAUUGUUAUGUAAAAAACGAACAAUCCCUAGAUAAUUCUAAUAUAACAAAUGAUAAAGAUAUAUUAAACGAUUCACAAUGUAAUAAUAAAAAUGAAUAUAAUAAUAAUGAUGGUGAUGAUAAUAAUAAUAAUGAUAAUAAUGAUAAUAAUAAUAAUAAUAAUAAUAAUGAUAAUAAUAAUAAUGAUAAUAAUAAUGUUAAUAAUAAUAACUCUUUUUAUAAUAAUAAUAACAACCCCUUUUAUAAUAAUAAUAAUAACCCCUUUUAUAAUAAUAAUAAUAACCCCUUUUAUAAUAAUAAUAAUAACCCCUUUUAUAAUAAUGAUGAUCAAUGUGAAAAUGAAACCAAAGGUAAGUCAUAUACCCACUCACCCAAUUUAAAUAUAAGCAAUACGUCAAAUGUAUCCAAAGUUGUAAAAGAAAGUGAAGAAAAGAAUGAGCUACAAGAUGAUUACAAUAAUGAAAAAAAGAAUGAAUUAUUUGAAGAACAUACUUUUGUAUAUCCAUCUAUUUAUGAUAUAUAUCCUGAUGAAUGGUUUAGAGCAAAUAAAUAUGAUGAUUGGCUAGUACAUAAAUUAUGUAAAUGGUUAUAUAAUAUUAACGAUAAACUUUAUUUUAAUAUUGAUAAGCAAGAAAUAUAUCAUGUAGUACAAAACGAAUUUGUAAGAAUAGAAGAUUCAAAACAAUUAUCUGUAAAUGACAAUUCCCAUACGGAAGGAUAUAAUUCAAGAAGGAAUAUACAAAAUAAGAAUACAAGAAUGAUAGGAGAGAAUCACCAUAAUUUUCUUAAUAAUGAUAAUGAUGAUACGGAUUGUGAUAUGAAUUAUGAAAUGAAUGAGGAUACAUUAUAUUGCAGUACAAAUAAUAAUAACAAUAAUAAUAAAAAUGAUGAUAAUAAUAAUAAUAAUGAUAAUAAUGAUAAUAAUAAUUAUGAUUGUCUUGAUAAUGAGAAAUAUAAUAAUACUCAUGUAUAUAAUAGACGUGAUAAGUUUGGUAGUCAUGAUAAUAUGAUCAAAAGGAAAAUUUCACAAGGAGAUCAUCGGAAUCGUAAAAGUAAUAUUAGAAUGGAUUGUAAAAACAACGAUGAUGUUGAUGAUGAUGAUGAUAAUGAUGUUGAUGAUGUUGAUAAUGAUGAUGUUGAUGAUGAUGUUAACGAUGAUGAUAAUGAUGACGAUGAUGAUGUUGACGAUGUUGACGAUGAUGAUAAUGAUGACGAUGAUAAUGAUGACGAUGAUAAUGAUGACGAUGAUAAUGAUGACGAUGAUAAUGAUGACGAUGAUGAUAAUAAUAAGGAUAAUAGUAAUAAUGUGAUACAUACGAUAGAUAGAGCUAGAAAGGCACCUAGUUCAAAAACGUUAAAUAAAAAGCAGUCGAACGAAGAAUCCUUUGAAGAAUUUAGCAUGGUAUUAGAAGAUGACUUAGUAGGAGGUACAUUCAGCAAGGUUGGUGAACAUAAUAAAAGAGAGAAUGAAGAUUUUUAUAUAACUAAAGAUAUAUUAGAUUUAAAUAAUGUUUCUGAAAGUCAAGGUUUAUGUUUUUAUAGUGGUAUUUUUGAUGGACAUGGAGGUUCAAAUUGUGCUCGUUAUGUGAUGAAUCAUUUAAAAACAAAUGUGAUAGCAAAAUUUAGACAGUCCUUUUUAAUAACAUGUAAAAAGAAAUUUAAGGAGAAAGGAUCUAAAUUAAAUGAACUAAGUGUUGAAUUAAGAGCAUUAUAUGAUAGUUGUAUAAAAGGUUUUGAUAUGACUGAUAAAAAUUAUAUUGAAUUAUCCAAAAAAUAUAAUUAUAAAGAUGGUUCUACAGCAUGUAUUGUAUUAAUAUAUGGUCCAGAUGAUGAUGGAUCCUUAAAGGUUUUAUGUGCAAACUGUGGAGAUUCAGGUGCAUUUAUAUGUCAUAAUAAGAAGCCAAUCAAAUUAUCUUUAAGACAUAAACCUGAUUUACAGGAGGAGAGAAUAAGGAUAUUAAAAUGUGGUGGUAUUAUAGCAAACAUUAAUGGUAUUAAUAGAAUAAUAACAAAACAUAAAGAUAGAAAUAAUUUAAAUGAAAAUAAUAAUAAAAAUAAAGAAAAGACUUUUCUUGCUUUAUCUACAUCACGAUCCUUUGGAGAUAUAUCAUAUAAAAUACCUAGGAAAAUCGUACAGUGUAAACCUUUUAUAAGUGUAUAUACUAUAGAUUUUGAUUUAGAUUCUUUUCUUGUCCUAGCAACAGAUGGAAUAUUAAAUGUCUUAAGCGAUGAAGAAAUUAUAGAUAUCAUAUGGAAAAAUAUACAUAAGAAACCUGAACAAGCAGCUGAAGAGGUAGUCAAGGAAGCAACACGAAGAGGUUCAACAGAUGAUAAAACGUGUACUGUUAUUUUCUUUUAUUGGAGAAAAGACAUUUUUAACAUACAACCUCAAGAUGUCAAUGUUACUGAAAUCAAUAAUGAGGAAGACAAAGCAGAGGAUAUUAAUAUGUUUUCAUCAGUUUUUUGA